UAAUAACUUGCACCGGCACCCCCACACACUUCUCCAGCUAUAAGAACCGGCCGCUCUCUGCCCAACUGACACAGAGCAGAGCAGAUCGAGCGCCACCGUUGCAGGAAAUGGAUUGCGGUACCGACGAACACCAACACGGCCAUGGCGACGCGACGGAGUGGAAGAAGGUGGCGGAGCUGAGGGCCGUCGCCGAGGCGCAGGACCCCGCAGCCAAGGAGGAGGAUGACUUUGCGCUGCGGCGGUUCCUGCGUGCCCGGGACCACAACAUCGGCAAGGCAUCGACGAUGCUCCUCCAGUACCUCACCUGGAAGCGCGUCGCCAAGCCCCACGGCUCCAUCUCGGACGAUGAGGUGCGCAACGAGAUCGCAAAGGACAGGGUCCGCAUGCAGGGCUUCGACCGCCUCAACCGCCCCAUGGCGUAUCUCUAUGGCGCACGCCAUUUCCCUGCCCAUCAUGACCUUGGCGAGUUCAAGCGCUACGUCGCCUAUGUCCUCGACAAAAUCUGCACUAGGUUGCCAGUGGGGCAGGAGAAGUUUGCGGCGGUGAUAGACAUGAAGGGGUGGGGGUAUGCGAAUUGUGACCUCCGGGGUUACGUGGCGGCAUUGGAAAUCAUGCAGGGCCAUUACCCGGAGCGCCUUGGCCGGGUGUUCCUGAUCCAUGUGCCCUACAUGUUCAUGGCGGCAUGGAAGAUGGUGUACCCGUUCAUCGACGACCGGACCCGGAAGAAAUUUGUGUUUGUCGCCAAUAAGGACCUCAAAUCCACGCUCCAGGGCGCCAUUGACGAGUCCCAGCUCCCCGAGGAGUACGGUUGCAAGUUGAAGCUUUAGGGCUACACCAAUUCACUGUAGUCCAAAUCCAUCUGAUGAUUGGACAAUGGUGAUCACUACCUGACAUACUCAAUUAAGGGUGCAUCAAAACUUCCACCACAGUCAACCUAAUAGAAGUAACAAUCCUUAAAGCGGUA